UACUAUUGUUUCCUCUCUUUGAUAUACAUAAAAUGUUGUAUUGUUGGGGAUAUCUGUCAAAUAUUUGAUGUCUGGGAUUUAUGGUUUAUAUUUUCCCCCCCACAGAAUACUUGUCUGGUGUUCUACAGUUUAGCCACUUGGGGGCAGUGGUGUCAAGCAGAUAUUGAGCUCACGCUAUACUUCAGUAGCAAAUCAAGUCAAACGCAGCUCUCCUCAGUCUCCUCCUGUGUGUUCUGCUCAUUUUUCAACGCGGGACAGUUUUGCCUAUAUUUUCUUGAGAUGUCACUCAGUGAGAAAAGUGAUGAGGAGAUCAGCAGUCUACUUGCUGAGUAUGGCAUCAAACAUGGACCCAUAGUGGACUCCACUCGGAGGUUGUAUGAGAAGAAGCUGGAAACGGCCAUGGAGAAUGUUUCAGUGAACGCUUCGCCCGAUAAGACGUACUACAGAGAGGAAGAGGAGGAAAUAACCUACAUCACCUACCACACUCCGGUCAAACAUGAGAGUUAUACAAACGUUGUGAAACGAAGAGGCAACACGGAUCCGGACGAUGAAGAGGAGGAAUCGGACCAAGACACAGAACCUGCCGUACAGAUGACCAGCACAACAGCCAAUCACAGCGCAGUCCAAUCCAGGAAGCCGCUCACAAAGUCCGGAGGCGGCAUGUGGACCGUGAUUCGGCUGCUGUUGUCGUUAGCCGUGUUAGCAGCUCUCCUCUACUAUGUCUACUGCUACGUGAUGAACAAAGAAGAAAAUCCUACAGGUGUUCAGUGAUUUAAUGUGUUGAUAUAUAUCACUGUCACUGACAACGUGGCUGCCAGUGGGGAUUUUAGCCACUUAAGUCUACAGUGAUGUGAAAUGACAGUUUAUUUUUGCCAUUUAAAAGCCUUUCCCACCUGGAAACUGAACUUUUGUAAACAACUCGUUCUUCCACACCAAAGUCCAUAGAGAAAAUCAGAGUUUUUAGCGUGUUGGGACAUGGUAACUGCUGGUCUACCACUGUCAUUUUUACUACAUUUUUUUUCACUCAGGUAACUCCGAAUUAAGAGAUUUUCUAAAUAAAUGUCAUAAAAGAACCCAUUUUAAUUUACUGAUGUAUGAAGCAGUGGACCAACAACUCCUGUGUGCUGUGAUGUAAACUUUGGUGUGUGGUUUGAUUUUGAACUAAAGUUUUGAGUUUGUUUAAACUGUAAGAUAAAGCAACAAACACAAAGUUAUUGCAGACUUAAGCAGGCAUAGAAUUGAUUGGUUAUUAAGUCGCUUAAAUCUAAUAUCUUGUCACCACUGGCAGUCACGUUUUCAGUGACAGCGAGACUUUGUGGCUCCGAAUGAUUCCAGUGCAGACAGCAUUGACCCAGCGAUUAAACCCAAAGAACUAUCCUUCAAGGUGUUUUGUCUUCCCCUUUAAUAUUUAAGUGAGGGUCUCUGGGGUUAUUGUUGACUUAUUUUUCUUAGUUUGAGUUUGUCGUAUUCUUAUUUUAAAAUGCAGCGUGACACAUGUAGAGUGGACCCUAAAAAUGCAAAAAAGCACCACAUUCCGUGCACCUUUUUAAGGCCAACCAUCGUCUAUGCUUUUUCUUGGCAUCAUCAGAUGCUUUGAGUCUUCACUGUGGCACCAAAUAUGGAUCAGUCCUGGUGAACCACAUUGUCCAGGUGUGUUUUUAGAAAAAAACAUAUUUUAAACGGGCCAAUACACAGUUUAUCUGGACAUGGUUUGUUAUUAUGGGAUGUGCUGACACUAAGAAAAACAAAAGAAUGAUGCUCCUGCUUUCCUUUAAUUGCUUUGCUUUGCUUGCACAAAAAUGCUUUCCUGCCAUGCAGAGAUUUGUGGAUUAUAUUUCUUAAAUGAAGCCCUUUUUUGUGAUGUUUUACUAAACAUACAUGAUAAUAUAUCAUGAAGCUGAAGUGUUCUUAUAUAUGUGCAAUGAAAAACCAAAGACUCUUGUGCAUUAAAAACCUGAAACUGAA